CCAAAGACACCGCACAUCUCUGUUUCCAGUCGGACCAUAAACUACUAGGGACUUCCGUUGGUGCCUUGUUUCUCGCUGGAUGAAGAAGCCUUUCGCAGAGUUUAAACCGGAAUAACUGAAGUUUUAUGAUAAUAAUCGAUCAAUCAGAAACACCGAUCACCUCCUAAGUUGAUGUUGAUGGCCAGUCUCGCUCCCCUCGUCCCGUCUGCUGUCGCCUCAUUUCUGUCCACGUUGCUUCCCUGCGGCUUCGCUGUGGGGCCUUCUCGGCUCUGUGGAGGCAGGAUGGGGCUGUGGUGGGUCGGCCGCUCGCUGGAGGCCGGAGCCCUGCUGGGGAGGGACGGGGACACAGAGUGGACCUCGGACCGGACCGCGGAGUAUCACACUGACCCGACGAACCACAGCCCGGACGGUCAACUCACGGUGAGCACAGAGGCAGAGAAGGCACUGAUGGAGAGAGCAGCAAAUAAAGAAGAAGCUUCACUAGAAAGAGCCGUCUGGAUCAAAUUUGCUUGCCAGGCGCGGAGCAGAGCCCAGCAGAACGUGUCGGUGCAGUGUGCCUGUGGAGAGGUGUGUGCUGGCGAGUGUGUAGAUGUGUGUCUGCGGGUGUGUCGGGACAUCCAGCCGGGAACAGAGCUGCUGCUGUACGGAGAAGACACCGUGGGAACGAGACAGACGACAGACGAACCCGACGCACAGGACAACGCCACUGGACACACAGAUAACAAGGAACACACAAAAGAGCCAGAGACUGUAGUUACCAGCAUAUCGAUCAUUCAAGAGAAGGGAGUGGAGACAGAGGACAAACAGGAGACAACACAGGAGGAGACAGAGGACAAACAGGAGGAAGAAGAAGAGGAAGAACAGUACAGAAACCCUCGCAGGUGUAUCAAGAGGAGUCAUCCGACCACACACCUGAGGAAGAGGAGAGCUAAGAUAACCCUGGAGAGUCACACAGACAAUAAUAUUAUCUCAACAGCAGGUGGACACACAGACAGUACGGGCAGCGUCCCAGCUGCUGUGGAGAGACAGACGGACUGUAAACCUCCAGACAGACGGACAGACUCCGGAGGCCUCUCUGCUCUUCCUCCCGUCCGCUGCAGCUCCCGGCUGGCUGCCAAACCGCGACGCGUUCACUGUCGGAAACAGCAGCCCACCUCCGACCCCGACCCGCCCACACAGACAGCAGAGGGGCAGAGCCGGAGCUCCACCGAGGACGCCGCCACGUCUGUCACAGAGAAGGUGGUUCCCGUGACGAUAUCGCACCCUGAUGCUGAGGCGAUUCAGGCAGCGCGCGUUGCCGGGGCGACUCUGUUGUUGCAUCCGGAGAUCAGAGAGAGGCGGUACAGAUGUUCCAGCUGUGGUAAGAAGUUCUACCAGAUCGGUCACUUAAAGAAACACCAGUUCAGCCACACGGAGGAGAAACCCUUCAGCUGCCAGGAGUGUGGGAAGAGCUACACCUCUGCAGAAAGCUUCAGAGCCCAUCAGAUGAAUCACCGCGGGGAGCGUCCGUUCUCCUGCCCGCACUGUGAGAAGACCUAUGGCCUGAAGCGGGACCUGAAGGAGCACCUGGUCCUGCACACCGGAGAGAAACCCUACAUCUGCGAGCACUGUGGCAAGGCGUUCGCUCGCCGCCCCUCCCUACGCAUCCACCGCCUCCUUCACUGCAGCAGAAUGAUUUACACUCAGCCUCCGAAGGUGCAGUGUACGGUCUGCUCCAAGCUGCUGGCUAACUCAGGCUCUCUGAGGAACCACAUGAAGCUCCACACGGGGGAAAAACCUCACAUCUGUCAGCACUGUGGGAAGAGCUUCAGUCAGAAAGGGAACCUGGAGUCUCACUUGAGGAUCCACAGCGGAGAGAAGCCGUAUUCCUGCACCGACUGUGACCAGAGCUUCUCCCAGAAACCAGACCUGCGUCGGCACAUGUUCUCCCACACCGGAGGAGGUUUCCUCUGCAGCUACUGCGGGAAGUCACUGAGGGACCCGCACAGCCUGAGGUCCCACGAGAGGCUGCACACUGGAGAACGGCCCCACCGCUGCCCCGUCUGUGGGAAAGGCUACACGUUGGCCACCAAGCUGAGGAGACACAUUAAGUCGGCCCACCUGAUGGAGAAACCGUACAGCUGCCACUGUGGCGCCUCCUACACUGUGAGACAAAGUCUGCUGAGACACCAAGCUCAGCACAGGACCGAGGGAGGAGCUGAGGAGGAGGAGGAGGAGGAUGAGGAGGAGAAGGAGGAGGAGGAGAGAGGACACGGAGUGGUGAGGAAGCACAGCAGCAAGGCUGAGGUUGUGGAAGAGGUAGCAUCUUCAGGCUCCGGUCACGUGAAGCCGAUCAGAGGCCGACCCAAGAAGAACUCGCUCCCUCGGGGGGAGGAGGAGGAGGAGGAGGAAGGUCAAGUGAGGAGGAGAAGGGGACGAGGAAAAGUGGAGGAAAAGGAGGCGAGAAAAGUUGAAGAGACCUCGAGAGCCGGGACGGGAGGAGCCGAGGAGGCGUCAGGUGACAUCCAACACGUCGUCUACGUCCACACAGACAACCUGUCCACGCCGAGCUCGCUGCCCUCCGGGGCGGGGCAGGAGCUGGUGGAGGUGGUGAUAUCAGAGGGCUCAGAGCAGUGCAUUGUGGUCCACGGGCAGCAGACUGUAGGAGAGCUGCUGAUCCUACAGGAGGAGGAGGGCGGACUCUGCUCUGUGGCGCAGACGGUGGAGAUAAACACGGUGUAGCCUAAAAUCUCUGGUUUCUUAAACUGAGUCUGGUGGCUCCGACAGGACGGAGGUUUCAGAUCGUGUCGUACAGUUUAUACAAGUCCCCAUGAAACGGAGGUUAAAGCUUCUUUAGCUGCUGUACUUUGACGUAUCUCACAGAGAAACAGAACAUUUGAGCGUUUUACAGUUACAUGAGGGAUUUAAAUCAAAUCAUUUGCAUUUGAUUGGAGCGCUACAAAGUGGGCGGGCUUAGAGUUCAGUUCGAUACGGAGCUACAGAAGACUGUUGGCUCCACACACAAACCUUCCUCACCUGUUGUUAGAUCAGGAGGAGGACGAGGGAGAGAUGAAAAGAAAACUUG